AUGGCUUCCAUUUCUCGUCGACUUUCUCCCAAAGCUCUCGCCAAACACCUGCGCGAGCUCGGGUUUGUGAACAAGCUGAUCCGCAAAUUUGUGGACUCCCCCUACGACGUCAACUAUGCUACGGCUCUGCUGAAAUCCUACUCGCCACCAUCUCGCAAACCUAGAAAGGGCAGGUAUAACGACCUAUGUCUUCACAAAGGCGCGCGCAACCAACUCUGGGUGGUCUACGAUCCGCUCAAGCACAAGCCUAUCUUUGACAACGAUGCUCUGAUGCUCACCGUUCGCUUUGCCAUCUUUCAACCCGGCAACCCACGUCUCAUCGAGUACAACACCAAGACCACAUCUCUUCGCAUCCGCUCAUCAAGAAUAAUCGUGGGUCAGCAAAUUAAGUACACCGCCAACGGACCAGUUCUCGAGCCCCUGGACCAAGAAGAAAGCGACUAUGAAUCCAAGCCUGCCACCACUGCCACUACCAAGAAAGGACGGAAAGCCACCAAAAAAUCGAAGUCCAAGUCUAGCAGCGAUUCAGAGCUUACGGAGAUGGAGUCUGAUACUUGA